GUGUGCAUUGUGGCAAGGCAAACGAAUCGUUUCAAAAUUCUGUCCAAAAAGUGUGAAAUUACCCGAAAUGGAGCGCGAAAUAGCGCACAGUUUAGCUGGCGGCGAGGAGCGUAGCAGCGAUGUGGCACCUGGCCAGGUUAAGACCUUCGAGGAACUGCGUCUAUAUCGAAAUCUGUUGAACGGAUUGAAGCGCAACAAUUUUGUGACGCCAACGAAGAUUCAGGCGGCUGCCAUACCCAUGGCACUGGCCAAUAUUGAUCUAAUCAUACAGUCGAAGAGUGGAACUGGCAAAACUCUGAUCUAUAUUAUAGCCGUCGUUCAGAGCUUUCAACCCAACAUGAACAGACCACAUGCCAUGGUCAUCGUUCCAACUCGAGAGCUGGCCAUUCAGGUGCAGGACACGUUUGUCCAACUCUGCAAAUCGUUUCGGGACUUCAAAUGCUCUGCUUUCAUCGGUGGCACAGAAGUGGCCAAGGAUCGCAGCCGCAUGAAUGAAAGUCGAGUCAUUAUCGGUACACCGGGACGUCUACUGCAUCUGUAUGAGAAUAGGGUAUUGGAUGUGUCCAAACUGCGACUGCUGGUGCUCGACGAGGCCGAUCAACUUUAUCAGACGAAGAGCCUGCAGCAUACGGUCAGUAAGCUCAUAGAGGCAAUGCCCAAGAACCGGCAGAUAAUUGCCUGCAGUGCCACAUACGAUAAGGAUUUGGAUGAGCGUCUGGCCAAGGUCAUGGACAAACCCAUGCUUAUAUCGAAUUCCGAAAGGGCUACCGUGCUACUGGGCAUCCGCCAGUUUGUCUACGAAUUGCCACAGCAAAACAACAGUGUGGAGGAGAUGCGUCUUAAGCUGCAGAUUCUUGGCCAGAUCUUUAGCCAGUUGCCUUACGAACAGGCCAUCAUCUUUGCCAGCUCACAAAUGCGAGCGGAUUCCUACAAGAACUAUCUAACAGCCAGUGGUGUCGAUUGUCAUUUGAUCUCGGGAGCCAUGGAACAAUCGGAGCGUUUGCAUGUGUUCGAGGGCUAUAGAAACUUUACUAUGCGCAUAUUGGUGGCCACUGAUUUGAUGGCACGCGGAGUGGACUCCCCGCAUGCCAACCUGGUUAUCAACAUUGAUCCACCACAGGAUCAUGUCACCUAUCUGCACCGCAUUGGACGAGCUGGUCGGUUUGGCUCCAAGGGCAUAGCCAUCACGUUUAUAUCCUCCAAAAAGGAGAGCCAGAGAUUUAGGGAAAUGUCAAAAAAAAUCGCAACGGCUUGGUCGGUUCUGGAAUUUCCCAAGGAGCCAAUGCCAAAUGAAUUCAAUUUUUGGGAUUUCGAAAAGUACAACUUUGGAUAUUACAUCAAGGAAGAGAAUCCGCUACAGGAAAUGCCUAUGGAAAACAAGGUUCCUAUUAAAGAAAAUCCAAGCAAAGACCCUGCAAAUCCGGAUGCUUCAUCGACGAAACCUUCAGUUGACUUAGAAAAUCUUCGAAAGGAUCAGGAUGGCAAAAAGAGAGAUCCAGGAAAAUCAAAAGUUGUUGCAGGCAAAGUACUAGUGUCCUUAGAAAAUGUUGUAUCCCAAAAAGAGUUGGAGCUCGAAAACUUACCAGAAACUUCACAUAAUAAUAAGAGUCUUAGGGUCAAAGAACUGAAACAAGUCGAGAAAGAAACUGCAAUGCAAGGAAAGCUUAAAGAAACUAACUCCAAAGCUGGAGGUUCAAAAACGAACAAGACGGAGAGAAGGAAAAAAUUGAACACUCCACCAAAGUUAAAUACAAGUGCUUCAUCCCAGAUACAGAAGCAACCAACUGAAAUACAGCAAACACCAGAGAUCACCGUAAAUAAAUGCUAUAUGGAAGACAUACAACCAACAUCAGACGACAAAGAGUAUCAUCCUGUUAAUGGAGCGGGAAUCCAGGUUCCGUCAAAAUCUCCCGAAUUGACACCAACCCUAACACCGUCGGAGCUGACCCAGGAGCCGUCUCCAACCACAGUGACACCACCUGCACCGCCAGCCAACUCGAUUAACAACAAGACCUAUUGCCUAGCUGCUCCAACGCAAACCAGUUCUAUGACCAUACAGAAUAUGGUUAUAUCGAACACGGUGGACGAUGCCAGUAGCAUCAGUUCGGAUAGCAUGGUUUGUGGCUACCAUAGCGAUAGGUCCUACGACACCUUUUAUGCAACCAGUGAUGAGGAGGAGAUAUGGAAUCGAUUGAUGUCUAAACAAAGGCAUCAGUCUAAAAGAGUUCAUGGAAAACGGCGUCUGAUACUAUACAAGAAAGUAUUUCCUAAACUAAACGCAAAAGUUAAACGCAAGUUUAAAAAACGGAUGAGCUCGUCCUGCAGAUCCAAAAAAACACACUCAUUUUAUAAAUGCGACUUUCAGAAGGAUGUAUACAAAAGAAUAUCACAUUUGCCGCACAUGAAUUUGUGUCAUCUGCUUGACAAAUUUACAAAUCAAGAGAGAUUUCUGAAACGGAUCCGCAAGUAUGCAAAGAAGCAACUCAUGGAUAAUGCGACGGUUAGCAUUUUGCUGGAUAAGCUCUAUAAAUCCAUGCUGGAACUGUACUAUAACAGUGCUAAAGAGAGGAAGAAGCAUGUUAAGGAAGCCAUGAAGGAGGCCCUAAAAUCCAUUGAUAACUACGAGAGCCAAGAGUCGUCGGCAUCAGAGGAGGAGGAUGAUCUAAAGAACAAGCUUAGUGUUCAUGUGACGAAUCAGAUGAACAUACCACCAAUGCCACAGGUCGCUGAUGAAAUGGGCUUAGGAAGUGAAUCGGAUACGGAGGACUCGCAAGACUACGGCGAAGGCCAAGAGAUCAUUGCGGACGAUGAGGACGAUGGCAGCGAUGGCGAACCAAAUUCAUCGAGUGGUUUUGUAGAGAGUCAGGAGAGUGUUUCGUCUGGAAUUGACACUUCCGUUUACGAAACGGAGUCUACGGGCGCAUCUGGAAAUAGUUCUAUUGCAUUCUUUAUCUCGGAUGAUGAAUCAGAUGUUGAAUCCUUAACAUAUUCGGAAGAUGGGAGCAAUUUCAGCACUGCAGGAUCAAGCUCUCCACGCUCUACAGUAGUGAGCAGCAGCGAUGAAUAUUCGGAUGAUGAUUCCGAAACAGUAACCAAUGGCAUUACAUUGCAGAACGCCCAAUUAUUGUGGGUGCAGACUUUCAAGAUGCAGUACCAAUUCAUUGCCUCACAUGUGGCUAAUAAUCUACAGAACCAUUACUAAAUGGUUAUGAAUGAAAAACUAGUGAAAACUCAGGCAUUAAAAUUAAACUUAACUAAUAUCACUUCACUCGGAAACAAAACGGAUAAGUUCCAAGAGAGGCUGUAUCAGUCUAUUUCCUAACAUUUUUAUAUCGUAGCCAGUUAAAUCGUUUUCUUAAUUUAAAUACUCAAUUUCGAAAUAGCUGAUAGCAUGUUGAAUACCAUGAAUGUUUUGUAUGCAAACAAUAAAUUGCAGAAUUUGUUACCAAAAAAUAAAUGAAUUAAAGCAGAGAACUACAUUUCGAA